GUCGAGCUGGCUCGAUGCGCAUGGAGAGGAAGUUCAAAGAAUCAACGUUAUCUGAAAGGAUGUCUUUGGUCACCUGAUGGCACAUGUCUGUUAACAACUGUCAAUGGUGAUGGGAUGCAUGUCUUUGAAACGCCACGCGAUUUAUACGAAGCGGAAUCAAUUUCACCUGAACGACCGCUAAAUUGUUUAGAAAGUGUUGUUCAUGUCAACGAAGGUGGAAUUGUCUAUGACUACUGCUGGUUUCCGCUUAUGAAUAGCAAUGAUGCAGCCACUUGUUGUUGGUUAGCAACACGUCAAAAUGAGCCAAUUCAACUUUGGGAUGCAUAUUAUGGUGAUUUGCGAUGCUCAUACCGAGGAUAUAAUGCGGUCGACGAAGUAGAAUCAGCGUUAAGUGUUACAUUUUCCCAUGAUGGAUCUGAAGUGAUUGGUGGCUAUAAGAAAACGUUGAAAAUAUUCAAAACAAAUGUACCGGGUCGUGAUUAUGAAUCGAUUCCAAUUUCAUCUCCAGCCUCAGCCAUUGCAUGCAAUUCAGAAGACAAUGUCGUUGCGGUUGGUUCGUGGUCGAGUAGUAUCACAUUAUUAGAUAUAAGAGAACCGAAAUAUGGUGAUAUUUGUCAGAUAAAUCAACAUCGUGGUGGCAUAACUUAUUUACGAUUUUUACACGGCAGAAAUCAAUUGAUUAGUGGUGCACGCAAAGAUAAUCAAUUGAUGCUUUGGGAUUUACGUCACAUCGCAGAACCAGUGCAAACUGCACAAUUCACACGAUUGGUUAAUACAAAUCAGAGAAUUUAUUUUGAUAUUAGUUCGGACACAAAUUGGCUUAUGUCUGGCGACACAUCUGGUAUCAUUCAUGCUUGGAAUUUAAACGAUUUAUCGGCUGUUCAAGAACAAACGUAUUCAGUUCAUCGUGAUUGUUGUAAUGGUGUUUCAUUGCAUCCAACCAAAGCGAUUCUGGCGACAUCAUCUGGUCAACAUCAUUUUGAAUUGAGCGAUAUGAAUGAUGUUGAUAACAAUAAUGAAGGCCGUAUUAAAAUGCCAAGAGAAAAUUCAUUAAUUCUUUGGUGGUGUGGUAAAACACAGGUCACAGUUUGAAAAUAUUUGUAAACAUAGUACAAAACACAAUUUUUCUAUUAAGCCUUUCGGGAAAAAUGUUUAUUUCAAAUGAAUUUUAAUUUUUUUUUUUAAAUAAAAAACCACACGAAUGUGCAUGUUAAAUCGGCUAAAAUAAAA